UUAUGUUUUCGUCUUUCAACCACCGCCAUAAACUCUCUAAAAGCAUAAAUAUAGUGAUUAGGAAAUCAAGUUCACUUUGAAGUGUUUGAUCAGGGUGUGAUACAUCAUACAGGAGUAGUCUACAGGGAAGUUCAAUCUUCUUGGCUAGUUUGAUAACUUUUUCAUUCAGUUUUUUUUCUCUCGAAGAUCUGACCUUAGUGUCAACAACAUGGGGGCCGUAAGAACUGCAAGCCAGUCCUUUCUUAUCCUAUUGGUCUUCGUCAUUUGUUCUGUGAAUGGUCAGAAGAAAUGUUACCAGUGCUUCGGACUUGGCUCAAGAAACCAACUGCUAGCACAGACAGCAAGUAAACAUCCCAUAGCAAGUUGCACUGAUAUCGGCCCCCAAAGCCAAACGCCCACCAUCGAUUGUACUGGAAAGUGCUUCACACAAAAUUUCACCGUUAAUUACAACUUUCAGCAAGCGAGUAUAUCCAGCAUGGACGUGGAUUACGUAAUCCUUGGCUGCGGUGGUAAGUCGCCAGCUAAUGGAUGUCGAGAUUUCAGUCAGUUACCCAACAUCGAUGAAGUCCGCCGGCAGACCGAGAACGUCGUCGCGAAGCACGGAGGUCGAGUGACCAGCAUGAAAGGUGAAGCCUGUUUCUGCGCCAACAACCUGUGUAACUCGGCCACAACCUUUGCCGGAACGAGUAUUAGCUUCAUGACUGUCUGUUUAGCGAACUUCUGGGUAUUGAAGAUGUCGCUUCGGAACUAGAGACGAGUUGGAUUCAGGAGCGUUGCUAUAGAGCCAAGGAAACGCAAAACGUACUUUGGACUAAAAAGACGCCCUCUAAAGGUUUCAACGUCUUCAGGACGUUUUGUGCACGUCUUGAGAACGUUGUGUCUUUGCUGGGAGGGGCCGAGGUGACGCCCCCACUUCGAUAAACCAUGAAUUCAUUUCGAUAAACCAAUAAUGUUGAUAAAUAUGGAAACUAUAGGAUUUCUUUUAAAACUUGCCAGUAAUUCACAAAAAGAUAAUGUAUUUCUCCCUUAGUCUAACCCCUUCCAAAUACUCUAUCGAUGCCUAUGGUUUGACCAAUGGGUAUGAUAAUAAAGUGCAUGGAAUAUUAUAAAUUUGCUAGCAAUCUGUAGGCGAAGAAGGGAAAAUAAGGUGAUAAAUCAAGACAGACAUGACAUGAAGUUCAAAAUGCUAUUAAGUAAAACUUUUCAUAAUUUAAAAAACUCAUUAAUGAAAUAUAUGUGCACUGAAAGAAAAAGUAAAAUUUAACUUUUCUUAAAAUCCUACACGAUACAGGCCUAGCAUUUCCUUAUGAUAACAUACAUUAGGAAUAACUACGAUGCUGUGAGUGACUAUUAAUACGCAUGCGCUACCUCUAUUGUAUACCGCAUAUCACGAUUCUAUGUAUCUUAUUAAUAAAUUGCGAGCAUAACAUUGGCUAUUUAAUAUUUGUUGUUGUUGUUGUUAGAGGAACACAAGGAAUAAAUAAAUGCACAUACUGAUAACAUCGGACCAUUUGAUUUGUAAUUACCCCUGAAAAUGAAUACAUUUUGAUAGGGAUAAUUAUCACCAACAAUUAUCUUGCUAUGAUUCACAUACGGGACGCAGUAUAAAAUAGAUGACUGUCUAUUUUCUCGGGAUUAUCGUGAUGGUUAAAACUACAGCCCCCGGUAAUCAUGAUGAUUUUCACCAUCCUUCUCAUAGUAGUAAAUAUUUGUAUAUUUGUACCGUAAUUACUGAAAUAAACGAAUAAUAGAAUUAAGAACCUGACUUUCCCUUUAUCCCGUCAGCUUUCUUUUAUACUUACUUAGAUAUGUAGAGCGACCGCACCCUUACUUUCAAUGACUUUUAUCUAUGUUUACUGCACCCUAAAUGAGGAUUUCGCGUGUUUAUCCCCCGAAUUCACACCCUAUAAACGGGUAUUUCACAACGGUGAACUCCUAAGCAAAUACUGUAAAAUUAUAACCGCUUGAGCAUUUUGAAGUGCGAUAGGGAUUACAAUUUAAGUUGUUGACGAUGUUCAAUAAAUCAAAUUGCGCUUCCGAUUUUAAAUUAAUAAUGCAAAAUUUAUUUCAAUUAUAACAUGCGUGCAAGCUUUCAAUUCGGAGUCAAGAUAAACAAAAACACAGCAGCAGGAUUUUGAAAAAGUACCCUUUUUCUUGAAAAUUGACAUUUUUAACCCCUUAACCCGACACCGCGCGGAUCGCGUCCAAUCUAUAAAAAAAAAAAUCCCUUUAUACGAGUUUUAUUGGUCACACAUGCUUACAGUAUGAUUUGACUGAGACCCCUAGGCCAGUUUGCAAUGAAAUGACGCUCUUAGUCACCUUAAAGAAACUUUAUUAAUGUUUUUUCAUUAUCAAUUUUGUUGGAAUAGCUGUUUCUUACAACUGAAUAGGGACCUUGAAGCUUGCAGCACAAAGCUCACAACCAUACAAGUUCUUAAAAAAUGUGCAAAGCCAGCCCCCCAAAAUGAAAAUGUAGUUCUGAAAAACCUGUUAAAGCAAAAUUAGCUUUUCUUGUCCAAACGCAUGUUAUUCGGUCGGAUUCAUUGCAUCUACAACAAAUGAAACAUUAAUUAUUAUAUUAUAUUCCCCCUAUCUGUCAGUAUUAUUUUGUUUUCCUUACAAACAAGUUUUUUUCGUGAAAAUUCUAUAAAGUUGAGCAACGGCUUUUUAAAUCGAUCACAACUUCACAGUCCAUAUUAUGUUCUUGUUUGAGUAUCGAUUGAGCUAUAAUAACUUCGAAAACAUGACGCCACCUACACUGGAGUCAUGUAGGCCUAUAUGACAAGUUAUUCUCAAGAAAUUCAAACCACUGUUAUGCUCUUUAGAAAAGUCUAGAAAGUGAUGCAUGAUUGUACAUUUCUUAUUCCAUUUCAUCUCGUGUGCAUUCGAAUAAAGGAAAUAUUAGUAUAUUUGA